AUGGGCUCCAGCACGAAUGCGAAAGCCCGGAAGACCAAACCUCUGGUCCUGCCUCUGCCGCCUUCCGAGCCGCCGGGAGGCCACGUGGGCUUUUCUUCAGCAAGCCUCGUCCCGGGCGCCGCCGCUCUGGCCGUGUCCCGCGCUUUGCAGAGGUGCAGCGCCCUUGGCGCCGGAGGCUCGAUCGCAGCGAAGCAGCGGGCCUCAGCCGAGCCUUUCCGCGAGCGCGGGAGGAAGAGCGUCGCGUACCGGCUGGAGCAGAGGCGCUUUCCUCUGGAGCUGCGGGCGCGCUGCCCCUGGCGCGGGCGGAGACGAGGCCCCGAGGAGCGGGGGCGGUGCCGGAGAGAAGCGCUCCGCCCACGCCGGGCUCUGCCUCCCGAGCAGCCUCAGCACCAGCACCAGCAGCGUCGGGAGUCAGCUGGCUCCGCUCUCAGCGCGCGCCGAGGAACCGCCCGCCGGCCGGCGGAGGCAGCUUUGGCGCCGCACUUGGCUCUGCGCUCGCUCGCUCGCUCGCUCGCUCGGCGGGCCCACGGGCGGCAUCGCCGGCGCCUCUCCUCGCCGCGCCUCUGGCCCGCAACCGAGCCCAGCCGCUUGUAUCAGCCCGGCCGAGGCGCUUCGUUUGCAGGCUCGAAGCCGCCCAAGUUUCCCCGAUGCUGCAGGGAGCAACGGAAAAGAGAACCAGGAUUUUUCAGACCUGUGGGAUCCUUCCUGAAACUUUUCCUGCCUUUUGACUUGCCAACCAUGGUUAACAUAUAACAGUGUAUAUUGUCCUGGCUUGUUAAGAGAGCCCUGCCUCAUCUUAACGUUGGUUGGAAGCACACAAAUGGUUGAAUCAAGGAGGAACUGCUGUCUUUGUGGGGAAGGAUAAGGGAGCUUGCCUUCCAU